UCAAAACAGCAGACGGUGACCUAAAAUUGCGAGAGAAGACAUUCCUAGACUAGGCCAAGGACUAAACUAAAGUUUGUUUAACCUGCAGUGUUAUCUUUUUGUUUGGUACACAUUACCUAUCUCAUAAAAUACCAUUUAUUAUCUUAGCAAUAGUAGGUAUUCAGGAACAAUCAUGAAAACGAAGAACAACCCAAAAACGAGAUUUAAUAAGAAAGAAUUUCCUUCAGAUCUGAAGUUGGAUACAUUUGGGUGUCAACGGCGUAGUAAAAGAAUUGAGCGUCAUACACUACGCCAGUGCUACACCAAAAUUAUCACUGAAGGUUUGCUUGGCUCUUUUGAAAUAUUGCCUGCUGAAAUCAAGUACCAUGUUCUAAGAUUUCUCUCAGUUGAAGAGUUGAGCAUCUUAAGUAUAGUCAGCAAAGCCAUGAGAGACUUAGUAUUAAAGUACAUGCUAAGCCCAGUUAGAAGUGAACAGUUUUGUCCAGUAAAGCAUACUUCCAUUGGAAUAGCAGGAAGAACAUGUUGUCGAUGGACUGAUGUUUCUAAUCACUUUAAAUCCUUAGGGCUUUUGGUUAAGAGAGCAACAUGUCUUCAUCCAACAAAAGAGCGACUUAAGAUAAUGGACAAGUUUGUGAGCCAGCUUGCAUACUUUACGGAUCCCAUAUCCCAUGAUGCUCUCAGUUGCUAUGGUAGCUUUCUGUUCAGGAUGCUAAGGGGAUGGGAGGAAAAGGAGUGUUAUCGAGCUUUUACUUAUGUGUCAGAUACACACAGUUUCUACAAGAAACUAUUGCCGGUGUUGUCUAAUGAACCUGGAUCACUGCAAGAGCAGGAACUGUUAGUCCGAUGUUUCUACCGAUGUGUCUUCCUGGAUAGAUGUGAAAACUGUUCUGAAUUUGGUGUAUGGCUGAGUUUCAUUCUCAGAACUCUUCCAAUUGUCUACCAAGCGAGGUUGCUCUUCAUCUUAUUUGGACCAUUGUCUCCCACAACAGAAGGCAUUAAUUGGAAUGCAAUGAGCGAAGAAACGCUAGGGAACCAUUCUUAUGGAAAAACAAGCGAUCUUGUAGACUUAGCUUUAGCCAUCAAGUCAUUAUUCAAGCAUGGCACCAGCACAGAUGAUGAUGUCGUUAGUAUCCUACAAGAGUUGACAUGCUGUCCAAGUGAAUGGUCUGUGGAGAGUACUGCUCAUCUAUUGAUGUUGUGUGGUGAGACAAUAAGCUACAAGGUGCUGGGUAGCAAAGCUGUCAAUGGUAGAAUGAAUGAACUAGGUAGCAUCAUAACAGCAUUUGCAGUGGUGUUCUGGCAUGAAGAACUAUCUAUUCACUGGGUUGUGAAACUGGUCUUUGAGCUUGCAGCCAAUUUAGGAAGUACAAGGGAAGUUGGAUCAUUCUUCACGUCCAUCAUGCACACCUUCUCGGACAGUCUGAUGACACUGCAUACAAAAGGCUCUGAUGCUGAAGUACAAGCAAUGCUGAAGGCCCAAGCUGAAAUGCUGAAAGAAUUCAUGCUAAUCUCUGUCAGAGCUCAAGGCAACAAGGUAUACUAAACAUUGUAUGAGUACAUUAUGUAUAUUAGCACAGAAAUCUUCAAAUCUUAUCAUUCAGUAUUGUUAUGUUACAUUUAAAGAAGAGAAACUUAGAAGAAGUAAUUAAAUUAUUGUUUGUAUCACUUAUUUUACUUUGAAACUUUAAAUACAACACUGAAAUUUAUGUGUUAUAAUACAUUUGAUAAAUGAAUGAAACCCAAAAGAUACAGUAAACAGUACAGUAAAUAUGUUAACUUGAGAUAUUGAAGAUUAUUAUUUAUAUUUACUUAAUGUUUGUGUUUAUUUAUGGCAAUCUUCCUUGUGCAAUAUAGAAAAAUUCAAAUAUAUAAUAUAUAUUUAAACCAAAAAUUGUAUGUCGUUUGUGUAAAUUAUUCUAUUAAUCAGAAUAACUCAGUUGUGAAGUUAGCCCUCUAUAGUUUACAUUGACUCAGUUGAUAUUUCUUUCAUUUUACUGUAACUGGAAACAAAGAAAUGCAAAAUAUAUAAAUUAUGCUGUAAAAGGUUCUACACUUUAUACUGUACUAAUAAUCAUCCCUUGUUAUAAGUUGAAUUAAUUAUGCACUAUUUUAUACAUUUUUUAUAAUUUGUAUUCUGAUUCUUGUAUUGUAGAAGCUAUGAGGCAAGUUUAUUUUUCAUUAUUAAGAAAUAGAUUGAUUUGUCAAUGUGCAGUGUAGUUUAAAUGUUUAUUUAAUAAAACAAAGUUGUUAGAAUUUCUAAUAAAAUAGUAUUUUGAUCAGAAUGGUGUUAUAUUGUUAACCAUAGUGCAUUAUAAAUAAUAAAUUGUGUCUAUUCAUAAUAAUAAGCAAUAUUACUAAUAUAUCAUUCAUAAAUAAUUUCUUCAAACCCUGUCAUUAGUUUGAUUAGCUAGGAUCUAUAAGUUGUUGCCACAGAAUAUAUAUUGUCUGUGACAAGAGUAAACAAGCAUGGUUCCUAAAGACAUGCUCACACUAUCAAGUACUUAUGAUUUGCCUGUGUAUGGGUAUGAUAUGACAUCAUCGUGCCCAUAGAGUACCACAGUCGUGUUGUCACGAUGCCAGGGGGCGCUCUCUGUUGUCAACAGACGUUGGUCACCGUUAAUUAUGCCUGAAUGACUUCAUAGG